CCUCCCGCCAAGGUCGAAACACUCGCUUUCCUCCCGCCCUCCCGCCAUUGCUCGAAGCUUCUGAAGCAAUUCUUGCGAGUACAAAGUUUGUGAAGAAUAUUGCCAUUCCUUUCGAGUUUUUCUGCAAUGGCUACUGAAGACGACUCCGUCGAACAAGUUGCUGCAGCACGUAAAGAGCGAUUGAGAGCUCUAAGAGCUGCUCAGGAAUUGUUAAACACUUCAGAUGAGAAAAACUCUGGAGGAGAGGAUAAAGAGAAUGGUGCUACUGAAGAUCCUGAAGAUCCUGAAGAAACUAAUCUUAGUAUGAAAUUUCGGAACUAUGUUCCUCAUGAUAAGGAGCUUCAGGAGGGAAAGCUUGUUCCACCUGUAUUGCCGAAGUUUGAGGACCCUGUUGCUACUGAACCUCCACAAUUAAAAGAGGAUCCAUUUGUAAAUAUUGCUCCAAAGAAACCAAACUGGGAUCUUAGAAGGGAUGUGCAGAAGAAGCUUGAUAAGCUAGAAAGACGUACUCAGAAAGCAUUAUAUAAGCUUAUGGAGGAACAGGAAAAACAAAAGCAGUCAGCUGAAGGAGACGAUGACCAAAAUAUUACAGAAUGAUAGUAUGCCGCCCAAGUUAUGAGUUCUCCAGUAUUACAGUCGCAAUAUUCACUACUAUUCCGACGGCUUUAUGUCUCAUAUGGUCAGAUUUUCUGUAACCUUUCUGAUCAUUCUUUGCCGCAAAUCUUUUGCUUUUAAUUUAUCUAUUGUGGCUCUCAUGGUGUUCCUUGACUAACUAUGCCCCAUAGCAUAUCUCACACUGGAUAGUGAUUUGUGAUUUGUACCUAUGCUAAAAAUUACUUUGUACUUCAUCUUAUCUUCAUUUUGAACCGUUUUCUUAUUUUUUA